CCAAGCGAACGUUAGCUCCGCUCAGUCCCGAAAACCGCGAUACUGUCAUGGCACCCGCUUUUGUGAUUUUUUGAGACAGCCACGUACACACAUACGUAUAUAAACGUGCGAAAUCGCAUUGUGGUCGGUGUUCGGUGAUUUUAUAUAUAAGACGAAUCUCUUUUACUCCCCCAUAUACACAGAGGGUGAGUGUGCGAUAUCGCCUGGCCAACCCUUGUUUAUGUACUCGUUAUCCGCAUGCGAGCAAGUAUGAUAAUAAAUCAUGAGUUCAGGUAGACCAAUAAAAUGUGUAGUAGUAGGAGAUGGGACGGUAGGAAAAACUUGCAUGUUAAUUUCAUACACAACGGACAGUUUUCCUGGAGAAUAUGUACCUACUGUAUUCGAUAACUAUUCUGCACCCAUGGUUGUUGAUGGAAUUCCAGUUAGUCUAGGAUUAUGGGACACAGCAGGGCAAGAAGAUUAUGACAGACUUCGUCCUCUCUCCUAUCCUCAGACAGAUGUGUUCCUCAUUUGUUUCUCAGUAACGAGCCCUUCAUCAUUCGAAAAUGUAACCAGUAAAUGGUACCCUGAAAUAAAACAUCACUGCCCGGAUGCACCAAUGAUACUCGUUGGAACUAAAAUAGACUUACGAGAUGAUCGUGAAACGCUUACUGCCUUAGCUGAACAAGGCCUUAGUGCUAUUAAGCGUGAGCAAGGGCAGAAGUUGGCAAAUAAGAUUCGUGCGGUAAAAUAUAUGGAAUGUUCUGCUCUCACGCAACGUGGAUUGAAGCAAGUGUUUGACGAGGCAGUACGUGCUGUUUUAAGACCCGAGCCGCAAAAACGUCGGCAAAGAAGGUGCAUUAUGUUAUAAACGAUAAAAGGAAUUGCAAAAAAAAUCAGCAUAAAUAAACGUAACGUAUAUAUAUAGCAACAGAUCAAAAUAGAUCUGAUAAUUGAACGCAAGGGAGAAAUAUGAAUGAAUUUUUAAAGAGAAAUUGAAUAGUACAUGUGCAUUUUAACGAAUUAUUCUGGCAGCUAUAGAAUAUACCGCAUCACAGAAAGAGUACAAUUUAUAACUUUCUGGUCUCAGUCACACGUUGCUAAUUCACGACCAGAAAGUUUAGACAACGAGAAAGUAAAAGAAAAAAAGAAAAUAGGAUAACUAUUUAACAGUAAUUGCAGGAAGAGAUUUAUUACUUGUUUACAGUCG